AUGUCUGUUACCCAUCAGAGAGAUGUAUGUGAGGACAUUUAUGCCAAUGAGGAUUUUUACCUGACUCAGAGGAAAUCUGCCUUACACAAGACCAACCCAGGAGCUGAAAGAUCAGGGAUGAAACGUUACAGACUGGCUGUGGUGUGUCUGGGGCUGCUGUGUGUUCUCCUGCUGGCUGUCAUUGCAGUGCUGAGUGCCUGGUACAUUAAACUGGUCAAAGAGAGAAGCCAGUUCGUGAUCAGUAAAAAGAACCUAACGGAUGAGGAGGAACAAUUAAAGGCUAGCUACUACAACCUGACUGAAGAGAGAGACUGGUUACAAACCAGUAACAACAAACUUACCAAGCAGCUGUCUGAGUGUGGAAAAUUCUGCUUGAAUGGAUGGCAGACGUUUGGCUGUCAAUGUUACUACAUCUCUACUGAAGACAAGAACUGGACUGAGAGCAGACAGCAGUGCAGAGAGUUUGGAGCAGACCUGGCGAUCAUAAAGACCCAAGAGGAACAGGAGGCGCUUGCGAACCUGAAGGUCAAAGCUUGGAUCGGACUCACCGACAAAGACGUAGAGGGAGUCUGGAGAUGGGUGGACGGCACAGCGCUGACCGCCACGUAA